AUGGGUAGCAAAGCAAGGGGAGGGAAUGUGGCACUGAAGCUGAACAUGAUGAAAGCUUAUGAUCGGGUAGUAUGGCCUUUUUUGCUCAAUGUGCUUAGGGCUUUUGAGUUUGGAGAGCAGUGGAUUGAUAUGGUUUGGCGGCUCAUUGUGAAUGUCUGGUUUUCAGUGGUUGUCAAUAGGUCUUUGUUUGGCUUCUUUAAGCCAGCAGGGGGGCUGCGCCAAGGGGAUCCGCUCUCCCCAGCAUUGUUUAUCAUUGGGGUCGAGGUGUUGUCGAGGUCACUAAAUAGUUUGCCAUGCUAUCGAGGGUUUCAGGGAUUUUUCGUUAAAAGGGGUUGUCCGCUAGUGACUCACUUAGGAUAUGCCAAUGAUGUGCUUGUUUUCUCUAGUGCGAAUGUGAAAUCUUUAAAGCUAUUGAAGCGGGUUUUGACAACCUAUGAGGCAGUUUCUGGGCAAAGGAUCAAUGCGGGGAAAAGUUGUUUUUUGGUGCACCCAAAGCAUCUCCUCCCAAAUCUAUUUUCCAGGAGCUCGAGGGCAUGUUUGCUAAUUUUCUUUGGGGAGCUACAGAGGGGGGUCCCAAGUGCCAUUGGAUUCGGUGGAAGGAUUUGUGUGUGUCGCAUGAAGAAGGGGGUUGGCUUGCACCAAUUGGAGGAUGUCUAUACAGCUUUCUCAAUCAAGUUGUGGUGGGAUCUUCGGGCUAAUACAUCCCUGUGGGCGGAUUUUAUACAGGCUAAGUUUUGUCCGGAGGUGCACCCGAAUCUGGUCUUUGGUGAUAAAGGUUCAGAGGUAUGGAGAUGGAUGGUGAAGUUGCAGAAUAUUGUUGAGAGGCAUAUCAGAUGGAUAGUUCGAUCCGAGAGCUCUAAUUUUUGGUUCGACAAUUGGCUUGGUUCAGGAGGAUUGUCAGACCGUUUUGAUAGUGUAUCCGACCAUAAGGUUGUGGACUUUGUGCAACAUGCUACCUGGGAUGUCCGAAAUAUUUCACAAUGGGUACCUUCGGAGAUAGUUGCUGAGAUUGUUCGAGUCGAUCCACCUACCGAGCCGCUUCCUGACCUGAUGAUUUGGAGACCAGAGCAUUUAGGAGUCUGUAUGGCGGCCUGGUGGCAAGGGAAGCAAGGAAAUAAGUUUCUAGAGUUUAUCCAUCAGGUUACCCCCUUGUUGAUUUGCUGGCAUAUAUGGAAGGCUCGGAAUGGCAUGAAAUAUGACAUCAAGAUGAUCGAAGGGGUCCAGCUAUGUUAUUGUAUUUUUAUCGAUCUUUUGGAGUUGUUUAGGGUACAGUUCCCGGAAUGCCGAGUUUUGUCGAUAUCUUGGAUACAAUUUUAUCUGGAGAUCUCGAGCUGGAAUACGGCAGUAUCUCACAUGUUGGUUAAAUGGGUACGGCCCUCACAUGAAGGCCUAAAACUCAACAUGGACGGGUGCUCCAAGGGUAACCCUGGGGUUCAUCACUGUUAUCGUCAAGCUAACCAGGUUGCAGAUAUAUUGGCCAAUGAAGGUUGUCGGUAUGACCGGGAAGAGAUCUACUUGGAAGCUUCAGCCUUACCCCAACAACUGACCGCAGUCAGGGCAGAGAGUGACUCUAGUGCGCUCGUUCGGAUGGUCAAUUCGGGAGCUGUGGUACGCUGGCCGGUGUGUAAUGUUGUGAGGAAGAUACGGGGCUUAUUGACGGAACUGGGGGCGUCGCUCUGUCACAUCUCUCGGCAAGCUAAUAUGGUAGCAGAUGCUCUAGCUUCUUUGCAGCUGGGACACGACCAAGUUUACACUGGUGAGGACUUACUUCCACGAAGGAUUCGGCAUCUCAUACGCUUGGAUACCCUAGGGAUUCCUUUUGUUAGGGUAUGA